CCUCCAUCCCCAAAAUUUUGUCUUCCAGCGUUGACCUCUUGCUAUCUCUGACUCACAUUGCUCUUGUGAAAAAAGAUAACACGGAGUAGUCUCUCCAUGAAUUAAUUCCCUUCAUCGAGUCUGAAUCCAUACAAGCCGCCACCAUGGCAGGCACGCGCAAUCUCCUCACCUUUGCUGGUAGGAAUGCGCUGCGAAGUUAUCGUGCACAGAGCGGACCUUCAUUCCUCGACACUCUCACACCCGCCUCGACAAGAUCAAAAAGCACAAAUUCUACCUCUGCGCUAGCUUACAAGGCUCUGCACCGGCGAUCUCCUCUUCCUCUUCCGGUGACCGACACCUCUCCCCAGUAUGGCGCGGCAGCAGCGGUUUCCUCCAUCCUCUACGAAACCCCUGUAGCCUCUCAAGCUCCACCAAAGAAACACAUUCUCAACUGCUUGGUUCAGAACGAGCCGGGUGUGCUGUCUCGUGUGUCGGGGAUCCUAGCUGCCAGAGGUUUCAACAUUGAUUCGCUCGUGGUGUGUAACACCGAAGUGGAGGAUCUCAGUCGAAUGACUAUUGUGCUCCAAGGCCAAGAUGGCGUCGUGGAACAAGCUCGACGUCAACUGGAAGAUUUGGUGCCUGUUUGGGCAGUGCUUGAUUACACCUCUGCCGCCUUGGUGCAACGUGAAUUGCUUCUGGCUAAGGUUUCCAUCCUGGGCCCUGAAGUUUACGAGGAACUGAUGGAGCACCAUCGCGAGAUGACCAGCCAGGAAUACGACGAAACAAGCGAAGGAGACCACGAAUAUCCAGAGGAAAACGCGGAGAAGAGACUGCAGGAGUUGGAAGGAAACAAGCAAGACGAAGCAAGCCUCGUACAGCGAGCAAAGGAAAUGCUCGGUCAAGGUGUUAGCUAUCAUCCCAACCGCCUUGCUGCAAGCCAGGCCCUUCGACACAAACAUGAGCAUCUGGAAGCCAUUACUCACUUGACGCAUCAAUUCGGCGGGAAAGUGCUUGACAUUAGCACAAACAACUGCAUUGUCGAGGUGUCCGCGAAGCCGAGCAGAAUCGAUUCAUUCAUGAAAUUGAUUGCUCCAUUCGGCAUUCUCGAAUCAGCUCGAACUGGUCUUAUGGCUUUGCCUCGCUCACCCUUGUACGGACCGAACGAGGAUCUGCAGCGGGACGCUGAUGAGGUUGUUGACGCGAGCACACUCCCUCCGGGUUAAGAUAUUUCUAUCGUCCAUAAUAGAUCAGGCGCCGGGGGGAAGUCUACUGUAAUUCGGUAUUGGGGGCGGAUGAGCUGUUUGAUAGUGUGAUUCAAUGAGAAGAAUCUCUCGUACCAAUUCUAGAGUUGCCAUCAUGAGUCAUGUGGAUUUGCUGUCAACUUCACCACCUCCCUCGUGUAGAUUAUCU